AUGCAAAACCGUCAGCAGCAACGGCUGAAAUUGACAGCCGAGGUUCUCGAUGUUGGCCAUUACAGCCCCCUCGUCCACGCCAUCCGCAAUGUUUUAUCAACCGACCUCGCAGAGACCACCUAUGCCCAGCUCGUCGAUGGCCUUCCAAUCGUCGAUACCGUUUGGGACAUGCGCGGGUCUCUCAUCCUCAGAGGACACCCCCUGAUCGGCCAUGGCAAAGUGUGCGAGGGCGCGCUCGAACGGGUUCGGUUCUUUCGCGCCAAUUUCGAUGUUACAAGUCUUCAAUUCGACUCGGUUGUACGUAGAUGCUUCUCAGCCACUAUCUUUGAGGUAACUAACAGCGACAAGACCCUGCAAAGUUACCAAAACAGCCCAGUAGGGUCUGGUGGGUUCAAGCUGCGUCUUGUCGAACUUGUUGCAAACGUGGUACACGAUAUCGGCGUCUUGUUGUUCCAGUCAGAAAACAAGCUACACAGCCAAGAUCACAUCGACUCAGUAGUGUCUUGGAAAAGGGAACCGCAGUGGGUUGGGGAGGGUCGUCGUCGAGAACUGGAGGAGCCGCUGGAACCCCGCCCAACCUUGUUCUAUCAUGUCGACUACAUGGACCAUGAGCAGUACCCGUGCGGGAUGGCCGAUGUAGCAGGUUACUGGGCAGAAGAUCGCAUUUUCGGCGGUGUCGUCGUUUUUGACAGAGGGGUGUUGGGGUCUGAGUGCAACGAUAUUUACUUCCACUCCGGCCGGCGACAAACAACAUUCCGUGUCUGGAAGCUCCUCGAUACCCAAUUUAACGACCUAGUAGACUUUCUACUUGCCGAUGGCCCGGUAAUGCCCGGUCCCUUCCCCAUCCUAGCAUCGCAAGCGAACCGGCAUCGACACGAUCCAUGGGAUGCGAUCGCACUGCAUCACAUCUUCCGCGACCCUUGGGAGCGCAAGUAUCCACCCACCAAACCAAUACCGACAAGGGACGUCAGGACUGCAGGGGAUUAUCCCGAACUCGACGACAUGUUUGACGCGGUGCAAGCCGCUAGCGAGGCCCAACCCGAGGAGGACCCCUAA